GUAAGACCACACUAGCUCAACUCAUAUACAAUGAUAAGAUUGUUAAUAAAACUUAUGAGUUGAAACUUUGGAUUUGUGUCUCUAGUAACUUUGAUGUAAAACAAAUUGUUAAAGCAAUUUUAGAACAUUUGAUUGAUGAGAAGCUUAAAGAAAGCCUUGAAAUCUUGCAAACACAACUUCGAGAAAAACUUAAUGGAAAAAAAUAUUUGCUUGUCUUGGAUGAUGUGUGGAACGAGGAUAAUAAUAAAUGGUUUCUCUUGAAAAAUUUGUUAAUGGUUGGUGCAAGGGGAAGUAAGAUAAUAGUAACUACACGCUCUGAAAAGGUAGCAAUGAUAAUAGGCACAACUUCAUGUUAUCCUCUAAAAGGCCAAAUUAAAAAAAAGGCUUGGAGUUUUUUUGUAAAAAUAGCAUUUGAACAAGGCCAAGAACCAGAGAACCAAGCCCUUGUAAGCCUAGGAGAGGAGAUUAUGAAUAAUUGUGCUGGGGUACCUCUUGUUAUAAGAACAAUAGCAAGCUUACUACGCUCAAAGACUUCAGAAAAUGAGUGGCGAUCUUUUAAAAAUUAUGAACUCUCAAAAAUCGCUCAAGAAGAAAAUGAUAUCUCAUCAACACUUAAGUUGAGUUAUGACAUCUACCCCCAUACUUAAAGCAAUGCUUUGCUUAUUGUAGUUUAUUUCCCAAAGAUUACAAGAUUCAAGUAAAGACACUAAUUGAUCUUUGGGCAGCACAAGGUUUUAUUAAAUUAUCAAAUCCAAAGCAACGUGUGGAGGAUGUUAGUAGAGAGUACUUUAUGGUGUUACUUUGGAGGUCAUUUUUCCAAAAUAUAGGAAAAGAUGAACAUGGAAAUGUUAUAUGGUGCAAAAUGCAUAAUCUCAUGCAUGAUCUUGCAACUUUGGUGUCUGGGAUGGAAAGUGUUGCAUUAAAUUCAAAUGGGGAAAACAUUGGUGAAAAAGUUCCUCAUCUAUCAUUUAAUCUUAUGGAUCCAAUCACCAUGCUUAAUGGAAGGAAGAUGCAAACAGUUCUUGCAUCUAGUGUAGGGGGAAAUUUGGGUAAUUUAACUUGUGAUGCACUUGUUUCAAAUCUUAAGUAUUUGCGCACAUUGGAUUUAAGCAAUUUAUGACUACAUGCAUUGCCAAGUUCAAUCGGAGAGUUGAAACAUUUAAGAUAUCUUGAUGUAUCUGAAAAUCAUGAUAUUAAAAUUCUCCCUAAUUCCAUUACUAGGCUACAGAAUUUGCAGACCUUAAAACUCAAUAACUGUGGAUCUCUUAGGGAAUUACCAAUGGACACUAAAAAAUUGGUCAAUCUUAGGCAUCUAGAUGUUACUAAUUGUUUAAAAUUGACUCAUAUGCCCCAUGGACUAGGACAAUUAACUUCUCUUGAGAUACUACCACAGUUUGUUGUGAGUAAGGUAGGUUCUAGAGCUAGGUCUAGUUGUGGGCUAAGUGAAUUGAAAGAGUUGAGCAAUUUGGGAGGACGCUUAUGGAUUGGAUAUCUAGGACAUGAAAAAGAGGACAUGCUGAAAUGUCAAGCUGCAAAUAUGAAGGAGAAACAUCUUCAACAAUUGAUUUUACGGUGGGAUCGAUUACGGAAUGGAGAAACCACAUGUUGUGAUGAAAUAGCAUUGAAAUGGCUCCAACCACAUCCAAAUCUUAAAGCAUUGGAGUUAUGGUCUUAUAUGGGUGUGACAAUUCCAAGUUGGAUCUCUUUGCUCACUAAUCUUGUCAAUUUGGAAUUUUGGCAUACUCAUAAAUGCCAUCACCUCCCACUGUUAUAUCAACUCCCUUUUCUUAAGUCUCUCAGUCUUGUAGAUAUGGGAGAGCUUGAAUACAUAUCAGAAGACACUACUAGUCUAUCCUUUACUUCAUCGUUGUCUUCCUCGAAAACAUUAUUUUUCACAUCCUUAAUUACUCUCACAUUAUGGGAUUGCCCCAAUGUGAAGGGAUGGUGGAGGAUAGAUGAUAAAGCUCAACCAGAGCAUUUGUUAAUACCAUCAUUUACUCAUCCUUCGGAAUUAGAAAUUAGUUUUUGCCCGAACCUGAUUUGCAUGCCACUAUUUCCGUAUCUCAAAGAAGGGUUGACAUUGACUGAAGUUAGCUCCAAAGUAUUGCAACAAACAAUGGAUAUGGUAGUAACGCAAAACCCAUCAACGACAUUCUCAACCUCCUCAGGUUGCUUUCCUCUUUCUGAAUUAGAGACUUUGCAGUUAGAAUGGGUUAAUGAUUUAGAAUCACUUCCAGAUGCAUGGCUACGAAAUCUUGUUUCACUUCGAAGACUUUCCAUUUUCAACUGUAAUGGACUAAGGUCUUUCCCUGGUGGAGGCAUUCAACAUCUCACCUCACUUCAAGAUAUGAAAAUUUGGGAUUGUAACGAGCUUGUUUUGCUAAAUGAUGAAGAUGAUGGUAUGCAAUGGCAAGGCCUUAGGAGCCUUAGUUCACUCUAUUUUACUGGACUUCCAAAACUGCUGUCUCUACCAAAUGGACUUCAACAUAUUACCACUCUUCAAAAACUCCAAAUUCGUGAUUGUCCUAAUUUGACAGCUUUACCAGAGUGGAUAGGUAACCUCAAAUCACUUCAAGAGCUUAACAUUAGCAAAUGGCCCAAUUUGACAUCAUUGCCUCAAGAGAUUUGUUAUCUCACCUCUUUACAAGAUUUGGAGAUUGAAAAUUGUCCUAAUUUGAUUGCUUUACCAGAGUGGAUAGGUAAUCUCACAUUACUACAAAGGUUUAAAAUUGACGAAUACCCCAAUUUGACAUCAUUGCCUGAUGGAAUGCGUCAUCUCACCUCUUUACAAUAUCUUGACAUUGAAAAUUGUCCUAAUUUGGUGGCUUUACCCGAGUGGAUAGGCAACCUCACAUCACUACAAAAGCUUGAAAUUAGCCGUUGCCCCAAUUUGAGAUCAAUCCCUCAAGGGAUUCGCCAUCUCUCCACUUUACAAUGCCUUACAAUUGCUAAUUGUCCUCUUUUACGACAAAGAUGUCAGAGACAGACAGGUGAAGAUUGGCCUAAGAUUGCUCAUAUUCCAUACUUAGAUGUGGAUUGGUACUUGGAGUAUGCAAGAGAACCAAUUGAGGCAAAGAAUAAAGUUUGGCUCAAAAUUCGGACCUUAUUUGAAAACAGAAAUUGUGCAACAUGUCACAAAACUCAGUGAAUCAUAGCGAAUUUCUUGGCACUUUGAGGGGAGGACUUUGUUGAGCUUUGUGGAGCCUAGUUGUGUUUGAUCUGGAUGAUGACCCGACCCAAAAUAAUGUU